GGGGAGGAGUUCAGCCGUGAUAGGAACACUGUGCUGCUGUUUCGUCCUUUGACUCCAACACCACCACAUUUAUCAGGAUGGAUGCAGCUGAUGACCUGGAAGAAGAAGAACUUGUACACUAUGAUGUUCAGAUGAGCAUCCAGGAGUCGUGUGAGAGAGAGCGUCUAACGGCAUCAGGGAGGAGUGAAGCUCUGAAGCUCGUUGGGGCCAUAAAACAAGGUGACAUGUUGGCUCUGCAGAAGCUCUGUGAUUUCCCAGCAGCCUUCAGUCAGAUGGACGAGCGCGGCUGGUAUCCUCUGCACAGGGCCGCGGUCCAACCUCUGGUGCUGGUCCUAGAGACGGUGCUGUACGCGUCUUUCGGUCUGACUCUGGAGGAAAAGACUUCGGAAGGCGACACCUUCCUGACUUUAGCAGUAAAAUCUGGUUUGAUGGAAAACGUGAAGAAGCUGUUGGACCACAGAGCUUCUCCUCACACGACCAACAGCACCAACGAAUCCCCUCUGCUUCUAGCAGUCAGAGCCGGAUCUUAUCAGAUGGUUUCCAGUCUAAUAGCUGCAGGAGCUCGGGUGGAGCAGGUGUGUCUGAAGAAGUGGACGGCCAUGCACGAGGCCUCCAGGGCCGGCUGUGCUCGUGUCAUGGAGCUCCUGUUGCAGAGCGGAGGGCAGGUCUCAGAGACGGACCAGUAUGGAGUGACUCCUCUGGGCAUCGCUGCGGAGUACAGCCACUCUGAAGUCCUGCAGCUCCUCAUCAAACACGGUGCUGAUGUAAACGCCCAGGCGCCAAAUGGCGACAGCGUCCUGUACGACGCUGCAGGUUCGGGGGACGCAGACUGUAUCAACAUCCUGCUGCAGCACGGAGCAAAUCCCAACGUCCACAACCUGAACUCCCAGCUGCCCAUCCACCACGCCGCAUACGAAGGACACUACCUAGCUUUGAAGAUUUUGAUCCCGAUCACCACUCGACGAGCCCUGCGGCUGUCCGGCCACAGCCCCGUCCACUCGGCCGCUGACGGAGGCCGCACUCACUGCCUGGAGCUGCUGCUGCAGAAAGGCUUCGACAUCAACGCGCAGUUAGCCCCUCACAUCUCUGACAAUUAUGGAGACAUGAGGAGAAGCCCGCUGUACUUCACCGUCUCCAACGGGGACGAGACUCAUACUGAGAUUCUGCUGAAGUCCGGAGCCCAACCCGACCUGGACCCGCUGCGCUGCCUCCUGGUGGCGGUCCGGUCGGGCCGCUACGAGAUCGUGAAGCUGCUGCUGGCGGCCAACGCGGACGUGAACUGUUACUUCACGGUGGUGAGCGACACAGUGUUUCCCACGGCGCUGCAGUACUGCCUGAAGGACGAGGCGAUGACGAGGCUGCUGCUCAACAACGGCUACGACGCCGAGAAGUGCUUUUGUUGUAACCACGACGACGACUGGGACGAACUGAGCGAGUCUGGUUACUCACAAGAUCAGCAGGAACAAGUUGCUUUUUGUGAAUUCGUCAGCGUCUCCUGGCUGGAGCACCUGGUGGGCCGGGUCGUGUCGAUCCUCCUCGAAUACGUCGGACAGGUUUCUCUCUGCGGAAAACUGACGAAGAUCCUGAACAAACAGAAAGAGUGGCCUCACAUCCACAGGACCACAUGUAACCCUCGCUCUCUGUCUCACCUGAGCAGAGUGCUGAUCAGGAAACACCUGAGCUGCAGCGGUCUGAUGUCUCUCCAGCUGCCAAACAGGCUGAAGGACUACCUGCUGUUCAAAGACAACGAGCUUUAAUCCACAAAUUGGUGGCGUUUGCCUUUAAUGUGAAACAUCUAUAGGAAGCAUAUAAAGAUUUUAUUAAGAUAAACACGCAGGAAGUGUUGCGUUUGUAUCUACAGGAAAUUGAAACAGGACUAGAGUCUUACUAAAAUGUACAAACGUGAAAUUAGAAAUAAAGGCCUGUCUCUAAUACAAGCCAGUUUUAAAUAAAGGUCUGGAGGUUAGUAAAGGUCCAAUGUCCAUGUGGUGAAAGUGGAAAUAUUUAAGUCAGAAGUUCAACCUGCAAUGAUCAUUCUGCAUUCUUUCUAAUGGCCAGCAGGGGGUGAUUCCACUGGUUUCAAUAAGAGGUCCAAUUGUAUAGAAGUCUACGAGAGAAUUAAACUUCUCACUGGAUUUUUUCCGUCAGUAAACAUAUUCCUAAUGAGUUCAUGGUCUCAAUCGCUAGUUUAAAUACUUCUUCAAUACAGCGUGAUGCUCAUUUUGUAAAUGAUGGUGUUAUUUAGAGUAAAAUAGACGAUAAACAAGGUAUGU